AUGAGCUCUAUUACGUAAUUAGAUUAGGAAUAUAGAAUGUUAUUUGAGCAAAUUAUGGGAAUGCUCGAUCAAUUGUCAUCAAUUAGUUUGGAAUUUGUAAGCUCCAAAUUAACAUUUCUAGAAAAAUACUCUUAAACUUUAAAAUCUUCAUAAGUGGAUGCUCGACAACAUAGAAAUAAUUAAAUAAAAAAUCUCAUCGAAUAUGUUAAAAUGCAUCGCAAAUCCAAAGUUCGAUCUGUGAUUCAUUCCCCAUCCAAUAGGACAUUCCAUCAUCACCAUCACAACUCUUUGGAUAUGCAGGAUGUCCAAUUAAAAGAUAACAUCUCUGUGAUUCCCAACUCUAGUACUGCUCCUUAAAAAAGUUUAAGUGACACCAAGCUUGUGCAUACAAAAACUAUUAAAAACAUGCUAUAAAAGAUGGUUUCUAAAAAGAACAGCUCGCCUUAGAAAAGUGCAACAGAACCCUUAAUUAAAAUACUUGAAAGUGCAAUGGCUUUAUUGGAAACACACUAGUAAUUCUAUUAAGACGACUAUGAUUAAUUAAAGAAAGAAUACGAUGAAGUAUUAUUAAAUAAUCCAUAAAUUAUGGCCAAAGUAAGUUUGCAGAAUAAAUCAAGCAAAAUUAAGGAAAACUUGAACUCUCUAAUUGAAACUUAAAAAUCGUUCAAAUCCUAUUUGAAUUCUAUAAUGUGA